CAGUCUAAACUUAGAUCACUCCUAAGUCUUCGUGAGUAGAGUUCACAUCAUCAUCUUCUAUUUUCUCCGACGGUUUCUUAUUUAUUUAUUUUGUUCGCUCUUCUGAUUUUUUAUUUCUUCUAUUUUAUUGACCACUGAUGGCAAUUGUUGAUGAUUAAUUGCUACGGCUUGUUGUAAUUUUUUUGGUAAAAAAAGAGGGUGAUAAAGUAAAGAAAAAUUUUAGAAACAAUUACUUUUGUUUAAAAUGGCAUACAGUUGGGACAACCGAGUGAGCUUCGUUGUUCGGGCUUUGUAUGAUAUCGAUAACAAUGGAGUACUAAACCAACAUGAUUUUGAGUGCAUGGCAUUAAAAAUGACAUUAAUGGAGGGCAAAGGUGACUUUAAUUACAACCGUUAUCAAGAAAAUCUUCAUAUCAUGUUAUCACUUUGGGAAGAAAUCGCAGAACUUGCAGAUUUCAAUAAAGAUGGAGUUGUGACCGUAGAAGAAUUCAAAGAAGCUGUACAGAAAAGUUGUAUGGGUCGACCUUAUCGUGAUUUUCCUCAAGCUAUGAAAUUAUUUAUUGACAGCCACUUUAAAUUAGUUGAUAUUAAUGAGGAUGGAUUGAUUGCCGCUGAAGAAUACCGAUACAAUUGCGCGUCACGUAUUCCUUUGGAUAGCAUCGAUGCUCUAAAUGAAGCCUAUCAAAGUCUUUUAACCGAUGAUGAUAGAAGACGAGGUGGAUUAACUCUUGCACGUUUUCAAGAAUUGUACGCACAAUUUUUGGGAAAUCCCGAUGAAACUUGUCCUGCUGUUCAUCUUUUCGGGCCUCUACAAGAAUUAUGUUAAUUAAAUCUAUAACUAAAUACAUGAUAAAAAAAUUGUACAUUAAUUAAAGUAAAGAAACUAGAUAUUUAUAUAAAUAUACUUAACCUAUAAAAAAAAUUCAUGUGGAAUUGCAUGGGAGCACAUAUAGGAAAGUAUGGGUAUAGACUUUGAGUAUCUGGAUUUUUAUGUCUGUCGUCUAUUGAUACGUAUACAUAAAUUAAAAAUAUAAAUAUUUUACUGGAAGGAUGUUUUUUAACAAGAAAUUGAUUGAUUGUUUGAUGCUCUUUAUAUCAGAAUUUGUAAUCAGCCAUUGGUUUAUUAAUUAACUCGAAAAGCAUCGCAUCUUUAUAGAAAUUAAAAAUAAUUUUAAUAAAACAGUAAAUUAGGAAGCGACAAAAGUAUCGUACUCCAAGAAAAUUUAUGAAAACACAUAUGAUUUUUAUGGUGUUUGUGUUAUACAAGAUUCCCAUAUGGAUUUGAUGACAUGGUGCAGAUUCUUAUGGAAAAUUAUCGUAAAAAUCCACAGUGGAACUCAUGAUAAAUUUCCAUAUAGAUUUGACAUGGAGUAGAUUCCCAUAGGAAAACAUCCGAGAGUCUACAUUGAGAUUUCUAUAGGAAACCAUAUGAGAAUCCAUACAGAAAAUCAUGUGUACCUAGAUUCCCAUAAGGGAGAUCUCUAUAAGAAACUGUGAGUACUUGGAUUCCCAUGGAAACUCAUGUAAAUUUUGAGUACCUGGAUUCCCAUAGGAAUUCAUCCGAAAAUGCUAUGUAAGAAUCUAGGCUGGAUUCCCAUAUGGAAUUUGAUAUGGUGCAGAUUCCCAUGGGAAAUCAUCAUAAAAAUCUACACUAGUUUCCCAUAUAAAUUUGUCGUGUAAAUUCCUAUAGGAACCCAUGCGAGAAUCUGUAUCAAAACCUAUGCUGGAUUUCUAUGGAGGUUUAGGCUGGAUUCCCAUAUGAAUUUUUUUUAUAGGAAAUAUAUAAAAUAAUGACAUUAAAAUAACUGUAAUAAAUCUCAGGAGCAAUAAUAUUUAAUUAAUAAAAUUUUAUUUACUCAUUAAACAUUCGGGUUUCACAUACAAUAUUUACUUUCUUAUUUUAAAAGUUUAUUUAUUUGUUACAUAUCAAUUAUUACAAUUAUCAUUAAUAUUAUAAUUAUAAUUGUUAUGUUAUUAAUUAUACUUAUCAAUUAAUUAUAAUUAUAAAUCAACCAUUGCCAAAACAUUUACGCAAUUAAAUUCAUACAUAAAACGACACACUAUACACGCAUGCAAUUAUAUUCAGUUCAAUUACUAAUUUUUUAAAAUUAACACUCAGUCAUAUGUGAGAAAAAAAAAUUUUUUUUUAUUGUUACUGAUAAUUAAUCAUAUGAAUUUUAGUUAUUUUGUAAAUUCUAAAUAUUCAGUUAAUUAUAAAAAAAUUACUUAAUUGCAAUUGUAAUACAGAAUUACUUUCAAUGAAAAUUUAAUUUUCCAGAAAGUUUAUUGUUUAUUUUUAAUUAAUUACGUAUUAAUUGCUUACAAUAUUAUCAAUAUUUUUAAUUUAAUUUUAAAAAAAGGAAUUCAUCAAACGCGCUGUCCAUAAAUUCUCUUAAUUUUUUUUUAUAUAUAUAUUUAUAUAUAUAUAUAUAUAAAUACUCACAUGUAUACAAUAUUAUAUUUAAUCGGAUUGUUAUAUUGUAUUGUACAAAAAGAUUCUUUUCAACGUACGGUAAAUUUAUAUAAUUAAUUAAUAAAUUUUAUUUUUUUCAAAAUUCAAAAAUUAUAAAUUCAAAAGUUGAUUUUUUUUAAUCAUGAAUUUUAAAUAUUUUAUAAACUAUAAAAAAUUUUUAAUUACAUAAUUAUAAAAUAAUUAUAUACAUAAUUAAUUAGUACAUUUUAAAUAGUUUAUAAUUUAUUUUAAAUUCAAAUAAAUAAUUGAUUCAUUUUAAAAAAUAUCAACAUUUGAAUUUAUAGCAAACAUCAAUUUCCAAUUAGUUUAUAUUAAUAUGAAUACUUUUCAACAAAUUAUAUAAAGCUUUACAAUAUUAUUUAUCAUAUAUAUUUAUUUAUCAUUCAAUACUUAAUUAUUAUAUAUAUGUACUUGCAUAAACUUUUAAUAAAAAAAAAUAAUAAUUUUUAUUAAGCCGUCACACCCACACCAAUUCGUUAUAAUUAUAUAUAUAUGUAUAUAUAUAUAUAUAUUAGAUUGCCAAAUAAAAUUGAUAUUUUUUUUCGGUUGCAUAUGAAAAUUCCGUUGAGUGUAACAUAAAAAAAAAUGGGUACAAGUUGGGCUCAGCUCAAUUACAAAACGCGCGCGCGCGUAAAUAAAAUUUCCCAUUUAAAUAACAUGGGAAAAUUUUUUUUUAACUGAAAUUUUAUAACUCAUUAAUGGAUCAAUAAAUUGAAAUGACCAUACCAUAUUUUUGUAGAGAAUUGAAUGAUCUACAAAAAAGGUCUCUUAUAAUUUUUUGAUAAAUCUAAUCGUUCAAAAGUUACUUUUUUACGAAAAUUUCAGUUUUUUUCCCAGAUAAUAAAUUUGUAAGUCCUGUAAUUUUUGAACUAAGAUUAAAAAUUAUUAAAUAACAUAUUUUGCUUGCAAAAAAAAUGAUCUACAAGAAAGGUCCUUUGACAUUUUGCGAUAAGACUGAAAGUUUUGCUGGAAAAGUCAAAAAAACGAUAAAUUUACCAUAAAUUUGAAUUUAAGCUUAAAUAACUUUUCAACGGUUAGAUUUAUCAAAAAAUUAUAAGAGACCUUUUUUGUAGAGCAUUCAAUUCUCUGCAAAAAUAUGUCAUGAUCGUUUCAAUUUAUUGAUCCAUCAACGAGUUAUAAAAUUUCAAAGUUAAAAAAAUUUUCCAUGUUAUUUAAAUAGGAAAUUUUAUUUAAACGCGUGCGCGUUUUGUAAUUGAGCUGAGCCCAACUUGGUACCCAAUUUUUUUUUGUUACAUUCAACGUAAUUUUCGUAUGAGAUCGAAAAUAAAAUAUCGAUUUUAUUUGGCACAGUCUCAUAUAUAUAUAU